CUUCUCUUGUCGAGGCUUUCAGCAGCGGCGAGACACGGUCUUCUGUCCGAUUCUGAGGGUACAGCGCCACCCUGGGACAGAAGUAUUCUCCACUCAUAACGCCUGGAGACUCGGGAUAAGCUCGAAGGCACAGGAAACAUGGUGAACCAAAGAGCAGACGUCGGUUGGCAGUCAUCUAAGAGUGACUCGAGCGGGGCCAGUAACAGUGGAGAGAGCUCUAAAGAGAGCUCCAGGUGCUCCACACCAGUACCAGAUGCUGACCGUACUGACCGCCUGCGGGACAAAAUGAGACGGCGGACAGAGUCCGGGGACCGCUGGUUCUCCCUUGAGUUCUUCCCCCCUCGCACGACCUCUGGAGCUGUCAAUCUCAUCUCUAGAUUUGACCGCAUGGGUUCUGGCGGUCCUCUCUUCAUUGACAUCACCUGGCACCCCUCUGGAGAUCCGGGCUCGGACAAAGAAACGUCUUCUUUGAUGAUAGCAAGCACAGCAGUCAAUUACUGUGGCCUGGAGAGUGUCUUGCAUUUGACAUGCUGCAAUCAAACGAAAGAGAAUAUCACAGCACAUUUAAACAAAGCCAAGCGGCUUGGCUUAAAGAAUAUCAUGGCUCUAAGGGGAGAUCCUGUUGGUGAAGAAUGGGUGGAGGAAGACGGAGGUUUCAACUAUGCCACAGAUCUGGUCAAACACAUUCGCUGUGAAUUUGAUGACUACUUUGAUAUCUGUGUGGCAGGUUACCCCACGGGUCAUCCUGAGGCAGAGAGCUAUGAAGAAGACCUCUGGCACCUGAAGGAGAAGGUUGAUGCAGGUGCACACUUCAUAGUCACUCAGCUCUUCUUCAGAGCAGAAACCUUCCUCAAGUUCGUCAAAGACUGUCGGGCCAUUGGUAUCACCUGCCCCAUUGUGCCAGGAAUCUUCCCCAUCCAGGGAUAUCACUCUCUGCGUCAGCUGGUCAAACUCUCCAAACUGGAAGUGCCGGAGGAGAUCACACAGGUUGUUGAGCCCAUUAAAGACAAUGACGCUGCCAUCAGGAACUAUGGCAUCCAGCAGGCAGUGGAUAUGUGUAAGGUUCUGCUGAACAGUGGUGAGGUGCCAGGACUGCACUUCUACACACUCAAUAGAGAGGUGGCCACCACGGAGGUGCUCAGACAGCUGGGUUUAUGGGCAGAAGAUCCACGGCGACCUCUGCCCUGGGCUAUCAGUGCUCAUCCAAAGCGUAAGGUAGAAGACGUCAGACCGAUCUUUUGGGCUUCUCGACCCAAAAGCUACAUCUACAGAACACAGGACUGGGACGAUUUCCCCAAUGGAAGAUGGGGAAACUCCUCCUCACCCGCAUUUGGCGAGCUGACCGACUAUUACCUGUUCUACCUGAAGAGUAAGUCUUCUAAAGAAGCCCUGCUGCAGAUGUGGGGAGAGGAACUAACCAGUGAGCAGAGUGUUUAUGAAGUCUUCACUGACUACAUCACCGGCCAACCCAAUCGCAAUGGACACAAGGUGAUGUGUUUGCCAUGGAACGAUGAUCCUCUAGCUCCAGAGACCAAUCUGUUAAAGGAUGAGCUAGAGAAGGUGAACCGCAGAGGUGUGCUCACUAUUAACUCUCAGCCCAACAUUAAUGGCAAAGCCUCAUCUGACCCCAUCGUGGGCUGGGGCCCUGCAGAAGGAUAUGUCUUUCAGAAGGCAUACCUGGAGUUUUUCACAUCAAGUGAGAAUGUUACUGCACUUCUGCAAGUGUUAAAGAAAUAUGAACCUCGUGUGAACUACCAUAUAGUCAAUGUGCAGGGCAGGAAUAUCACGAAUGCCCCUGACAUGCAGCCCAACGCUGUGACGUGGGGGAUAUUUCCUGGACGGGAAAUUAUUCAGCCCACUGUGGUGGAUCCAGUCAGCUACAUGUACUGGAAGGACGAGGCAUUUGCUCUGUGGAUUGAACAGUGGGCAAAGCUGUACGAGGACGAAUCGCCCUCCCGUAUGAUCAUUCAGUACAUCCACGACAACUACUUCCUCGUCAACCUUGUGGACAACAACUUCCCUCUGGACAACUGCCUGUGGCAGGUCAUUGAAGACAUGUUUGCGCUGCUGGACUCGCCUCCAGAAUCUCUGGACGAGAGAAGCAGAUCAUAGCAUCACAGAACACAAAAGUCUGUUAGUGCUGCUGUUUGAUCACGAGACCUCUAAACACACAAGCUAGGGAUGUGCCCAAAGCUGAAUACCUUAUUCGGAGAGGCACGAAUAAUGACUUCAAAAUGAAUAAAGGAUUCAUCCGAAUAAUAUAAAAAAUAUUAAUAUGACUGAUUAUGCAAGAGGAACAAGGAUAAAGCGACAUUUUAAAUAAACAUAUAAAAAAUUACAAAGAAUUUAUUAAUCUGUGCAGCUAAUAUUUCUAAAGUGUAAACCUUAUGAAUGAAAAUGCGCACGUUGUGAUUUCAAAUCGAAUGGGAGCGGUCUCAACUCCGUUUGCGGUCUCUGUUAAUUGUGCACGUGUGGAGUUUAUCAAGUGUAACAUUAAGAUACGAUAUCAUAUACACUUUCCACUUCUUGAAAUGUCUAUGUUAAUGUAUCACACGAUUCACACGUGAUCCCAUGUAUUCAUUUAUAGCCUAAACUUGAGCGCAAUGUUAAAUUCCUGACCUGAAGUGAUGAUUUCACGUCGGAGCCUGUCUAUCCGUCUUUUAAAGUUGACCAAAUGGGGGGAGGCAUGCAGAGGGGGGCUCUGUAGUGGCCCCUUGAAAAUGACCAUGUAAGAUGGCCUCUGUAGCACCCCCAUUUUCACCUACAGUCAUCAAACUUGGUACAUAUAUAUUUCUUAUCAAGAGGACAACUUUCAUAAUUAUAGUUAUUAGCUCCUCCGUCCGAAAUUUGUUCAACAUCAUGCCAAGACAUUGUAGAUGCUAAAUUGCGAACUGAUUUUUGAUAUUUUGAACGGUGUCACCAUGGCGAAGCAAUAAAUUUAUGGCUAAAAAUGUGAAACAGGAAGUUGCUUACAUCUUCUGUGUGCAUUGUGUGAUUUUGAUGAAAAUUCAGCUAUAUGUUUGGUAAUGGGGGCUUUGAGUGUAGUGUCAGAAAAGGGCUAUAUAAAUGUAAUGUUCAUUCAUUCAUUCAUUUAUUCAUUUAUUCGCUUUUAACAGACUUUAAAAGAGCCCUCUUAUGUUUAUAUGAUUUGCUUCAAAAUUCUUUAGAAUAAUGUCAAGACACUGCUGAUGUAAAUUUGUAAAGGGAUAUAAAAGGAGGCACUUCGCAUGCUUAUAGUUUCCUGAAAUUUUACACACACUUCAGAGUCGUUGGCCAUUAGGGCUGUGCAAAAGUUCACUCAUGGGUGUGGGGGGGGGCUCUGUAGCGCCCCCUUCAAAAUGGGCGUGUAAAAUGGCCUCUGUAGCACCCCCAUUUUCACCUACAGUCACCAAAAUUGGUAUAUAUAUAUAUAUAUAUAUAUAUAUAUAUAUAUAUAUAUAUAUAUAUAUAUAUAGUUCUCAUCAAGCCGGACAACUUUCAUAAUUAUAGUUAUAUAACAGGAAGUCUUCCAUUUUAGAUUUUUUUAAUAUUGCAGUCUCUGAACUUUUAAAUACUCUUAGGGGAUUCAUGAGACUGUCACCACAUUUAGACAAUAUUAUGUCAAGACAUUGAAGAUGCUAAAUUGUGAAGAGUUUUUUGAUAUAUUGAACAGUGUUGCCAUGGCGAGGCAUUAAAUUAAUGGCGAAAAAUAGGAAACAGGAAGUGCCUUAUAUCUUCUGUGUACAUUGUGUGAUUUUGAUUAAAAUUCAGCUGUAUGUUUGGUAAUGAGAGCUGAUCACAUUGAUGUGGCUAUUAUGGGUCACGGUCAUAGCACCACCAACUGGCAGCAGGAAGUAUGGCACUUUUAUUAGACUUUGAAAUAGCCCUCUUCUGUUUACAUGAAUUGCUUCAAAAUUCUUUAGAAUAAUGUCAAGACACUGCUGAUGUAAAUUUGUAAAGGGAUAUUUGAUAUCUUAAAUUUUAUUGCCAUGGCAACACAUUCAUUGUUAUUAUUCCUUUCUAUAUUUGGGUGUUUUUGAGGCACUUGGCAUGCUUAAAAUUUCAUAACAUUUUGCACACACAUCAGAGUCAUCUGACAUUAGGGCUGGGAAAAAGUCUCAGGGGGGAGGGGGCAUGCAGGGAGGGCUCUGAAGCACCCCCUUUAAAAUGGGCAUGCAAGUUGUUCUCUGUAGCACCCCCAUUUUCACCUACAGUCACUAAACUUGGUAGAUAUAUAGUUCUCACCAAGCCAGACAACUUUCAUAAUUAUAAUCAUUAGCUCUGCCCAACAGGAAGGUGGCCAUUUUGGAUUUUCUUAAAAUCGCAAGUUCUGAACUUUUAAAUAUUCCUCCUAGGGAAUUCAUGUGAGUGGCACCAAAUUUGUGCAACAUCAUGCCAAGACAUUGUAGAUGCUAUAUUGCGAACAGAUUUUUUAUAUUUUGAACGGUGUCAACAUGGCAAAGCAAUAAAUGUAUGGCUAAAAAUGUGAAACAGGAAGUUCCUUAUAUCUUCUGUGUGCAUUGUAUGAUUUUUAUGAAAAUUCAGCUAUAUUUUUGGUAAUCAGGGCUGAUCACAUUUAUGCGGCUAUUAUGGGUCACGGUCAUAGCAUCACCAACUGGCAGCAGGAAGUAUGGCACUUUUAACAGACUUUGAAAUGUUUACAUGAAUUGCUUCAAAAUUCUUUACAAUAAUGUCAAGACAAUGCUGAUGUAAAUUUGUAAAGGGAUAUUUGAUAUCAUAAAUAUUGUUGCCAUGGCAGCACAUUAAUUGUUAUUAUUCCUUUCUAUAUUUGGGUGUUUUUGAGGCACUUGGCAUGCUUAAAAUUUCAUGAAAUUUCACACAUGUCAGAGUCAUUGGCCAUUAGGUCUGGGCAAAAAUUCACACAUGGGCGUGUAGGGGGGGCUCUGUAUCACCCCCUUUAAAAUGGGUGUGUAAGACGGCCUCUGUAGCACCCCCAUUUUCACCUACGGUCACCAAAAUUGAUACAUAUAUAGUUCCCAUCAAGCCGGACAACUUUCAGAAUUAUAGUCAUUAGGUCCGCCCAACAGGAAGUCGCCCAUUUUGGAUUUUUUAAAUAUUGAACUUUAAAUAUCUGAACUUUUAAAUACUCCUCCUAGGUGAUUCAUGAGACUGUCACCACAUUUAGAAAACAUUAUGCCAAGACACUGAAGAUGCAAAAUUGCUAACAGAUUUUGAUAUAUCGAAUGGUGUUGCCAUGGUGACCCGAAAAAUGGGAAACAGGAAGUGUCUCCUAUCUUCUGUGUGCAAUGUGUGAUUUAGAUCAAAAUUGAGAAGUAUGUUUAGUCUUGGGGGCUAAUCACAUGGAUGUGACUAUUUGAGUCACGGUCAUAGCGCCACCACCUGGCAGUAGGAAGUGUUGUUCUUACAACAGAAUUUAAAAUAGUCCUAUUAUAUUUACUCAUAUUGCUUCUAAAUUGUUUAGAAUAAGUCAAAUGCCAAAUGCAUGUCCACUUUGCAUUGUUUUCUGAAAGCCGCCAGGUGGAAAUGGACAAGUUGUGCUUGGGCCCGUCACCACUGCUUGCAGCUAUAUAUAUUAUUAUUACUAUUAUUAUUAUUUGUAACUAAAUAAAGGUGUUUUAUCAUAGAAAUUCCUGAUAGAUUUAUGGGACUUUCACCUGUUUGUAGGCUAUAUUGAUUUUAUUUUCAUUUCUUUUAAUGUUUGAAUUUGUAUUUAUUAUUCACUGAAAAAUGUGUGUUUGACAUUUCACAUUUUGAUUGACAUAUCCUGCUUUCAGAAUAAUGUUGUUAUACAUGCACAGUCAAAUGAAAAUUCUGUUUCAUGCAGAUAUUAAUAUCAGAAAUACCAGGAGAAACCACAAUUAACAACAUAUUCCACAGUUAAUGUAGCCUACAAAUUCAGCUUCAUCUGGUAAGAAAAAAAAAAAAAAGAAUACAAUAAUAUUUUCAAAGUCAUUUUCCAGAGCACAUAAUGAGACAACUAACUUUAUUUGACCACUAAAAGAAUAGUUUGCACAACAAUAAAAAAAAUUAUGUCACAAUAUAUUCACCCUCAUGUCAUUUCAAACAGAUUGGUUGUUCUUUUUAAUGCAGUUGCAAUGAAUUGGAAAUGGAGCUUUUAAGCAUGCAAAAGCACCAUGAAAGUAGUCCAUACGAAUUGUGCACUAUAUUCCAAGUAUUCUAAAGACAUACAAUACAGUAACUUUGUGUUUCAGUUUUUAUUCACUGAAAAUUCUAACUCUCCUUGGCAUGAUCAUGAGUUCAUGAGAGAAGUAGCGAUAUCCAAUUUGUGAUUUGUCUAAUCUUUUCAAUGAAUAAGUUGAUUCGGUUUACAAAAUUAGUCUAAAUUAUUCUUUUGAAAUUGGUCAUCGUUACUUCUCUCAUGUGCUCCAAGGGAUAGUAGGGCAGAUGCUGAGAUUUUCAGUGAAUAAUUACUUACAUUUCAGUCUUUUUCUCACACAAAGCUGUUGUGUUGGUUUAGUAGUUGUAUGGAUGCUUUUACAUCCUUUUUAAAGCUUGAAAGCUCCCGUGCUCAUUGUAAUUGAACUAAAAAGAGCGACCACUACAUACAGUAGUUUAACUUUUCUCCCCUUUUAUGUUCCAUGAAAGUCAUACAGGUUUGGAACAACAUGAGGGUGAAAUUUUUGGGUGAAGUAUUCCUUCAAUGGUCACUUAAAUGCAAUUUUUUAUGGUCCUAAAUAUAGGAUUCAUUGUCUUUAUGCAUUUUUUUUCUUUUGAUUUAGAUGAGAUAUGUCCCAGACAUUCUUUACAACCCUUAUGGUCUUUUACUGUCAUGAGAGAAUUGAUAGCAGAGGAAUAAUUGGUUGGUGACAGUGGCAAUGUGUGAUUACUAUCGUAAUCAAUGACAAAUGUAUGUGGUGCCUUUUAUAGAUCUGAAAGCUUUUGUUUGAUUUUUUGUAUAUCUUUUCCUAUGUGGCCCCCCCCCCCCCACACUUUUUUUGUUUUUCUUUGUCUUUUAUCAGUAGAGCAGUCUGACCAUUUUUGUUCUGCUGGAAAUAUAGCUCAAUAAACAACACUCUCCCCCUACACACUUCAUGUCCAAGUCCAAGAAUGUUUUGUCUGCCUGUGAUUCAUGGAUUUACGAUUAUAUUUGAACUGGAGUUCACCUGUUGGACAGAUCAUGGCAACAGAUUUCGUAAAGACAAACUAUAGGAGAGUAGGACUUUGUUUGCUGAUCAGCAGAUGUUAUGUUGAAGUCACUUUGACAGCUGCACACAUUGGACUACACAUUCGGUGUCUUAUCUUCUCGUCAGAUGAAACAUGACACUUGGAAGGAGGCCAACUGAAGUCAUAGCAUGAACUUGACCUCAUCUGUGCUUGAGCAGGCAUGUGAAACAUCAUCAGUUAAACAUAGUUAUUAUUACAGAAUUGUUUUAGUUCUUCUGCUUUUACUCACUGCAGUACUUUCUUUUGAAAUAAUGUCUCAUUUUCUCUGCACAUGUGUAACACCCUGUCUACACCGGACACAAACGAAAUCGCUCCCAUUAUAAUCAGUGAUGCUGUCUACACUGGAAGCAUCCAACGAGAUGCAAGCAAAGUGGUCAAAUGCCCCGUUCUAUAACUGCUGACGUGAUGCACAGCUACUUCAUCCAUAUUAUUAUCCCGCCCGUCUGAAAUAAAA